AUGAGCGAUCUCAACUGGUGUACCUUUUGUGAUCAUGCUAUCAGCCAAUACUCUGAAUCUCUUUAUUGCAGCGAAAAGUGCCUUCGUGAUGAUGCUCUCCGCAACCAUCCGUUGCUUGGUUACACCUAUCGGGAGUUUGUCGAUUUUCCUCGUCCAUAUUCAAAUAAACGACCAUUACUGUCAACCAAACAACAGUCAAAACAGUCCCAAUCAUCCGUAUAUUCGCCCCCUAUAUCAUCUACUCAUACAUCAUCAGCCUUAUCCGCCAUCACAACCAUAACCACGAAUACUAUCAAAUCUACCGCAAUCAAUACAAGUACCAUAUAUAGUAAUCACUGUAAUCGCAUCAGUACUACCAGCAAUAUCAGCAAGAGCAACAACAGUAUUAGCAGCAGAAUCAGUACCAGCUCAAGUUCCAGUAGCACUACUAGUACUACUAGUACUACUAGUACUACUAGCAGCAGUUCUUCAGUCUCCUUACCUUCAGUACACAACUCUCCCUUUAACAUCCAUCCCACAAACUCGUUCCUACCAAAGAUACCCCUGUCAUUUGUUUCAUUACUGUCAACCCAGAUCUCAUAA